GUAGCGGGGAGGAGAACAGUGAGGAAAAGCAGCUGCUGUUCUCAGGACGAGUCUGAACAGAAGCAGCCCUGCAUGCUGCAGACUUCAGGAUGGAAAACCCCGGUGGAAAACCCUCCAUGGCACAGAUUGUAGUUUUAGCCACCAGCUCUGCACUGACAGCCAUAUUCUACUCAAUCUACAGAAGCAAAGCUACAACUGUUAGCCGUUUAAAGGAAGCCCAAAAAGUCUCAAUAGAUCAGGAUUUGAAAAGCCUCCUGUCUGAAACCCCUGGAAGAUGUGUCCCGUAUGCCGUCAUCGAAGGUGUGGUGAGAUCGGUGAAGGACACUCUGAGCAGCCAGUUUGUUGACAACUGCAAGGGAGUGAUCGAGAGGCUGACACUGAAGGAGGAAAAGAUGGUGUGGAACCGCACCACUCACCUGUGGAACAGCACGGAGAAAGUCAUCCACCAGCGCACUAACACCGUUCCAUUUGCCCUCGGGUCGCAUGAUGAUGACAUCACCACAACAGUACGAGUCAUACGUCCACUAGAUGCUGCAGAGUUGGACCUGGAGACCACCUACGAGAACUUCCACCCCACAGUCCAGUCCUUGUCCAACGUCAUCGGUCACUUCAUCAGCGGUGAGCGACCCAAGGGCAUCCACGAGACUGAGGAGAUGCUGCGAGUGGGCGACAGCAUCACCGGAGUGGGAGAGCUGGUCCUGGAUAACAACCUCAUCAAGCUCCAACCCCCAAAACAGGAUUUCUGCUACUUCCUCAGCCGGCAGGACUACGAGUCUCUCCUGAAGAAGCAGGUGAACGGCGUUCGGCUGUGGAGGAUUCUGGCCCUGGUGUUUGGGCUCACUGCCUGCUCCACGCUCCUCUUCAUAAUAUGGAGGCGAUACAUUCACUGCAGACAGGGCAAGAAGAAGAGGAGCAUGCUGGAGGAGUUCAAGGAGCAGCAGCGGAAGCACCUGCGGGAGCUGAACGUCGAGGAAAGCAGCGUGUCUCCUACCAGUUGCACUGUGUGUCUGAGCCGGGAGCGCUCCUGCGUGUUUCUGGAGUGCGGUCACGUGUGUGCCUGCGCCGAGUGCCACGACGCCCUGCCGGAGCCAAAGAAAUGUCCCAUCUGCAGGGCCACCAUCGACAGGGUGGUGCCUCUUUACAACAGCUGAUGCUGAACUGAAGAGUUGCGCUGCCGUCGUCAAACAAAUGUCCUUCAAACCUCCGGCCUGAGGAGGAGACCUGAUCAUGCACUGAUGAACCAGCAGUGCCCGCUCAGAACUACUCCGAAUGUUUGAAUUAAAUUAAAUUUGGAAGCUAAUUCAUAUUGAUGGAGGGGGCUUUUCUGUCAUGAGAUUUCUUUGUUCUAAAGCGUUCAUUUAUCGAUUUGGUACAAAUGUUGGCCCAAUUCCAGACAUAUCUGUAG